AUCCGAUAAUCGAUACUUCAUUAUUUUAUGUGGCAUUUUCGCAUUUUCUGUGCAUUUUUGGCAACAAAAACACACGAUUGUUGGGCAAUUAUCAAGCAGAAUGGCUGGAGUAAUUGGCAUGCGUGAUCAUACGAUACUCCUGUUACAGACUGAUGCGAAGACCAAGACAUUUUCAGAUUAUGAGACCUGCAGGGAAUCCCUUGACGAUAUCUGUAAAAUAUUCGAAGAUCAUCUCCGUAAGACGUUCCCACAUAAUCAGUCCAUUACAUAUGACAUCAGCCAGUUGUUUGAUUUCAUUGACAAGUUCGCUGACAUGACGUGCUUAAUAUAUGAUCCAGAUGACCGAGCAUACGUCCCCCACACCAAGGCCUGGAUCAAAGAACAGAUCUACAUUCUCAUGAGGAAACAAGCACAGGGUCAUGAUUCAUCAGCGCGUUCUCAUCAUAAUAUCACAAACUUUUAAGUACAUUUGGAAUUGGAGUCAUUUACAUUGCAUCGUUGGAAGUAAUUUUGUAAUGGGUUGAUGACACUGACCAACACUGUAAACCCGGGAUUUAGCGACUUGUUCAUUUGGCACAUAUUUUUGUGUUUUUUUUCUAAAUUGAAAAACACUAUUAGGUUGUCCUUCAGAAAUGAAUGUCAUUAAAACAAUUAAUUUAACACUGUUUGUUUCAGGGAUUGAAAGUAUAAGUGAAUUUAGAACAGCAGGUCAAUACUUUCAGGUUUACAGUGUCUUAUGCACACCUUGGAAAACAGAUAUCCAGCUGUUUGAGUUAAAGUGAAUCCUUUUGACACAAGUAGAUCAGAAGAAAGUACUCUAAUGACUCUUUUAGAUGUGACACUUUCUGUGGAUUGUGGGUCUAAUGUGUGGCACUGCCAUCUGCGAGUUGGAAUUCAGAUAAUGUUCCAUUUGCAUUCUGAUUCAAGAGACCAGUGUUAGGCUGUAGGGUUCCUCUGUCUGAGAGUGUGAGAAAUAUGUAGAUUUUUUAAAGGCCAUCACAAUUAUGUUUCAAACAUGUUAAGAGAUGCUGGUUGAGAGAAAUUGUAUGCGACAGGCAUCUGAAAUCCAAUCAUCAACUAAGCAUGGGCCACCUUGUGCAAAAAAAACUUGUAGUAGGAAAUAUUACUUAUCUUACUUUGUGAUGUAAUCACUUCAUGACCUAUAGAAUAUGCCUUUAUGAAUUUUCUUUGUCUAAUUUUCUGUCAUACCUGAGUAAUAAAAGGUGUGAUUGUAUGUACAAUAUAA